UGUUCCACCGGAUGUCAUUCUUCAGUACGUGGCAAACACUUCGUAUGUUUUGACUCGUGUUAACACUGUAAUAUAGUGUACCUCUGAAGUGAAAUUACUGAAUACAUUUAAAUACAAGGCAGAUUCUCGAAAACAGGUACAUGUUAUCAGAAUAGCUACAAGAAAAUGACACAAUGAAUCCCAACUACCCGGGAAGUACACAAGGACAAAUGCCUCCCACAGGGUAUGGGGCACCUGGUAUGAACCCAGGAGGACAAAUGAGACCCCCAGGUCCUGGUCACAUGAAUAGUCCAGGAGGUUAUGGUGUACCACCUAAACCAGGGCCAGGACAGUAUAUGACUCCACCUACAGCUAAUGGGCCUCAGUAUCCAAACAUGGGUCAACCAGGAAAUAUUCCUGGAAAACCUCCGGAUAUGAAUAACUUUCCAAAACCUACUACAAGUAUGCAAAACAAUAUGGGUCCAGGCAUGCCUCCUCAACAGAGAACUCCAUCAUCAGCAAGUCAGAUUUCAAAUGGUUUGAAUGCAAUGCAUAUAUCUCAGCCAAGGGGUCCUGGUCCAAAUCAAAACUUUGGUGCUCCUACAUCAUCAGGACAGCCACGUGUGUUUCCACCUGGUGGCCCAAACACACAAGGUAGUUCUGGGUUACCUCCACCAGGUCAAAUGGGUGGCACAACACGGCCACCUACUAGCCAUAUGGGAGGACCUGCCCCAGGCCAGUUAGGAGGUCCACCCACAAGUCAGUUUGGUGGAGGCCCUCCCACAAGCCAGUAUGGUGGAGGUCCUCCCACAAGUCAGUAUGGCGGAGGUCCUCCUACAAGCCAUUAUAGUGGGGGACCACCAACAAGCCAGUAUGGAGGGACUCCACCCACAAGUCAGUAUGGAGGAGCUCCACCCACAAGCCAGUACGGAGGGGCUCCACCCACAAGUCAGUAUGGAGGGGCUCCACCCACAAGUCAGUACGGAGGGGCUCCACCCACAAGUCAGUAUGGGGGAGCUCCACCCACAAGUCAGUAUGGAGUGGCUCCACCCACAGGUCAGAUGGGAGGAUUACCAGGUCCCCCAACAAGUCGAUCUGGAGGAAUGGCUGGACCACCACCUACAACACCAGGAAUGCCUCCAGUUUCAUCAUCGAUGGGUGGUAUGCCCCCACAUUCUAGGCCUGGUCCCUCAUCAGGCCCACCUACAGGGAUGAAUCAAGGACCCCCUUCUGGACUGUCCAUGACAGAUAGGUACGGACAAGGUCCACCAAGUGGACCUCCAUCUGGUCCUGGUAUAAUGUCUCAGCCUGGCCCUGGUUCAUUUCCUCCUCCCCCAGGACCUGGUGGUUUACCUUCUUCAAAUCAGUAUGGAGGUUCUGGACCUGGUCAGUUUCCUCCUCAGCCUGGCCAGACAAUCCCAGGGCAGAUGCCACCACAAACAGGAGGACAGCCACGAUAUCCAGGAGGAACCAUGCCAGGGCAGUCCUUCCCACCCAACUACCCAGGAGCUCAACCCAUGGCAGGGCCAGGUGGGAUGCAGCAGCCAUCUGGACCUAAAAAACUGGACCCUGACCAGAUGCCUAGUCCAAUUCAAGUGAUAGAAGACGACAGAGCCAAUAGGAGUGGGGUUUUCCAAACUGCCAAAGGGGCAGUACCACCAUCAGUUACAACUAAUUUUACUGUACAGGAUCAAGGAAAUUGUAACCCUCGUUUUAUGAGGAGUACAAUGUACAAUGUUCCCUGUACCUCGGAUAUGUUAAAGAGCUGUCAUGUACCAUUUUCUCUAAGCAUCAAUCCAUUCGCUAAACUCCCAGAAGAAGAGCUGAAUCCUCCAAUUGUAAAUCUUGGGGAGAUAGGACCAGUAAGAUGUAAGAGAUGUAAAGCCUACAUGAAUCCCAAUAUGAUGUUUAUUGAUGGAGGGAGGAGAUUUCAGUGUGUGUUUUGUGGAGCAGCUACUGAUGUGCCAGCAGAGUAUUUUGCACAUCUGGACCACACAGGAAGAAGAAUUGAUAGUUAUGACAGACCAGAACUGUGUUUAGGCUCCUAUGAAUUUGUAGCUACAAAAGAUUAUUGUAAGAAUGGAACAUUGCCAAAUGCACCAGCAUUUAUUUUUAUGAUUGAUGUGUCCUAUAACAGUAUAAAAAGUGGAUUAGUACAUUUGAUAUGCGAGAGAUUAAAAGAAGAUGUCUUAGUUAAUCUGCCAAAAGAAGUUGGUCAGGAUGAGUCAGAAAUCCGAGUUGGAUUUGUUACAUAUGCUAAAGAAAUUCAUUUCUAUAAUGUAAAGGGUAACUUGGCCCAGCCCCAGAUGUUGGUUGUAUCAGACUUGGAUGAUGUGUUUGUGCCAUUGUUGGAUGGAUUUCUUGUGAAACUUUCAGAAUCUGAGGCAGUCAUUGACAGUUUGUUAUCACAGAUCCCUCAGAUGUUUGCAGAGUCUAGAGAGACAGAAACUGUAUUAGGGCCAGUCAUUCAAGCCGGCUUAGAUGCUUUAAAGUCUGCUGAUCGUAGUGGAAAACUGUACAUAUUUCAUACUUCUCUGCCAAUAGCAGAGGCUCCAGGAAAAUUAAAGAAUAGGGAUGACCGGAAACUUCUAGGAACUGAGAAAGAAAAAACAAUUCUGACUCCCCAGAGCAACUUCUACACUAAGCUAGGCCAGGAGUGUGUCACUGCAGGUUGUAGUGUGGACUUGUUUUUGUUCCCUAACGCAUACAUCGAUAUUGCCACAAUAUCAGAAGUGUGUCGUCUCACAGGAGGAAAUAUAUACAAGUACAGCUACUUUCAGGCUGACUUGGAUGGUGAUCGUUUCCUGGAAGAUCUGAAGCAUAAUGUAAAGAACCAGACAGCUUUUGAUGCUAUUCUUCGUGUCAGAGCCAGUACAGGUAUUCGAGCUGUAGACUUCCUGGGCAAUUUCUACAUGUCUAACACAACAGAUGUUGAGCUGGCAGCUAUAGACAAAGAACAAGCUAUUAAUGUUGAGAUUAAACAUGAUGAUAAAUUAAAUGAAGCUGAUGGUGCAUAUAUUCAGGUAGCAGUGCUGUUUACCAGUGUUGGAGGACAGAGGAGACUAAGGAUACACAACCUGUCUCUAAACUGCUGUACUCAAAUGGCUGACCUCUUCAGAAACACCGAGUUAGAUACCCUCAUCAAUUACAUGGCCAAACACGCUGUCAAAACAGGCCUGAACUCUAACCCCAAGCAGGUGAGGGAGGGAGUAAUGAACCAGGUAGCCCAGAUUCUGGCCUGUUACAGGAAGAAUUGUGCCUCCCCCUCUUCUGUAGGUCAGCUGAUUCUGCCAGAGUCAAUGAAACUCCUCCCUCUGUACGCCAACUGUGUCAUUAAAAGCGAUGCUCUACAAGGUGGAUCUGAAAUAUCUACCGAUGAUAGAAGUUACCUUAUGCAUAAACUCAAUUCUAUGGAUGUUGAAUCAACUCAAGUGUUCUUCUAUCCAAGGCUGUUACCCAUGCAUGACUUGGAAUCCCAUGGAGACCGAAUUCCUCCAGCCAUCAGAUGUUCUGCAGAAAGACUCCGAGAUAAUGGCGUGUAUCUCCUAGAGAAUGGUAUUUCCAUGUUCUUAUGGAUUGGUCACAAUGUAGAGCCACACUGGGUUCAACAGGUGUUUUCAGUACAAAGUGCUGCCCAGAUAGACAUUGAUAAGUGUAAAUUGAUUGACCUUGAUAAUCCUGUAUCACAGAAAUUAAGGGAUGUAAUCAAUUCAAUACGAAGUGAACGGGGUAGAUAUAUGAAGUUAACAAUUGUUCGACAGCGGGACAAGUUGGAGCCAUGGUUUAACCACUUCCUUGUAGAAGACAAAGGACAUAGUGGAAGUGCUUCAUACGUAGACUUCUUAUGUCACAUACACAAAGAAAUUCGGAACUUAUUAAGCUAAAGAAAACUAUCUUCAUAAACACAAAAUACAAAUAUUGUCCAAACAGACAUAACCAUCUGCAGCAGAGAAGAAACCAAAAUAUCAGGGAUUUCUCCUGAAAAUUUCAAGAAUGGGAACAUCAGAUAUUUUAGACAGACUGAGUUAUACAGAUUUGGGUGGACGCCUGGUGAUAUGAUGUGAUGAAGUAUCUUUGUCUUGACUUUACAUGGAUUCUCUGUGAUAUGGCCCGUAGUAAUGUUCCAAGGGCAAAACUUUAUACCUGUAGACUGGCCUUUCUAGCUGCCAAAUUAACAAAGACAAUUGCAAAAAUAUACUCUUAAUACUAAUCAGUUGACAUCUAAUGCCAUAAAAUGAAUACAUACCCAAUCUUCAUGCAAAUGUUGUGAUGCUAAAUGAGUACAUGUAUGUCUAUUGAUUGCCAGAUUCUCAGAAAGAUAAAUUGAGCAUUUUAUUUUAAAUACACCAUUUUUGCUGCAUGAUAUUGUAAAUGGGCUUUAAAAACAAAUAUUUAUUCAUGAAUUGUUUUGUUAAGCAUUAGUUAAUUAUCAUCAUUGGACAGGUGAAUGUUGUGGGUGGGGAUUUUAUUUUCAUGAAUUUUUACCACAUAUUUCUGUCUUCUAUUCUUUAUUUGAAUGUAUGAAUUCUCAGAACUUAAAAUGUAUUUAUUAUAAACAUGUUCAUUAAAUUUAGAGACUUCAGAAACUCAAGUCAGUGUCUGAUACUAACUUUAUUGAUGAUACAAUGUAAACAUGAUGAUGCUUAAGUAUUUUAACAUUAAGGAUUGAUUGUGGUCAACAGCUUGAUUUUCUAGUCUAUGAUGGUGUUCUCUCAAUAUAGAUUAUACAGACAGAGACUUUGGAAUGAGAGUUUAUCACCACAGUGUUAGCAAGUGGAAAAUAAAAACUGGAAAAAAAGUU